AUGGCGAGCGUCGUUGCGAUUCUGGAUGUCAAGGGCAAGCCUCUCAUUCAGAGAUCGUACCGCGAUGAUGUAGACAUUUCGGCGCUGGAAAGGUUUUUCCCCCUCCUCACAGAAAUUGAAGAAGAACAAGGUGCUGGAGCUAUCCGCCCGUGUUUAAGCUCUCAGGGUGUGAAUUAUAUGCAUGUCCGGCAUAACAACUUGUAUUUAUUAGCUCUCUCGCGUCGCAACAGCAAUGCUGCCGAGAUUCUUCUUUUCUUGCACAAGCUGGCGGCUGUGCUUGAGGAAUACUUCAAGCAACUCGAGGAAGAGUCCAUUCGGGACAACUUCGUGAUCAUUUAUGAACUUCUGGAUGAAAUGAUGGACUUUGGAUACCCCCAGACCACAGAGAGUAAAAUUUUGCAAGAGUAUAUUACCCAAGAGUCAUACAAACUGGAAGUGCAAGUGCGUCCCCCUAUGGCUGUGACCAAUGCCGUAUCGUGGCGCUCUGAGGGUAUCCGAUACCGAAAGAAUGAAGUAUUUUUGGAUGUGAUUGAGAGUGUGAACCUGCUUGUCAAUGCUAAUGGUCACGUUGUACGCAGCGAAAUUGUCGGUACGAUCAAAAUGAAGUGCUACCUGUCCGGCAUGCCCGAACUCCGCCUGGGUCUCAACGACAAGGUAAUGUUUGAGAAUAUGGGCCGUUCGUCCCGGGGGAAGGCUAUUGAGAUGGAGGAUGUCAAGUUCCACCAGUGUGUACGCCUCUCGCGUUUUGAGAACGACCGCACCAUCUCGUUUAUUCCCCCGGAUGGUGAAUUUGAGCUGAUGAGCUAUCGUCUUAAUACGCAGAUCAAGCCUCUUAUUUGGGCAGAGGCAGUGGUAGAGCGUCAUGAAGGCAGUCGUAUUGAGUUCAUGGUGAAAGUGAAGGCACAAUUUAAGCGCCGUUCGACUGCAAACAACGUGGAGAUUUUGAUCAAUGUACCUGAAGAUGCUGACUCGCCCAAAUUCCGUGCUGCCAUUGGUUCUGUGACCUAUGCGCCUGAACUCUCAGCAAUGGUGUGGAAGAUUAAGCAGCUGGGUGGUGGUAAAGAGUAUCUGAUGCGGGCUCAUUUCGGUUUGCCAAGUGUCCGUGAUGAGGAAAGCAUCGUUCGCCGUACGCCUAUUAACGUCAAGUUCGAAAUACCCUACUUUACCGUUUCGGGCAUUCAAGUACGAUAUCUAAAGAUCGUGGAGAAAUCUGGGUAUCAAGCACUACCGUGGGUCCGCUAUAUUACACAGAAUGGAGAGUACGAUCUCCGUACGCAGAGCGAAAAGAGCUCGUCCCACUUAGCUCACUUUACAUCAUAG